AUGAAUCCAGCAAAUCAUUCCCAGGUGACAGCAUUUGUCCUACUAGGACUCUCUCAGGUAUGGGAGCUUCAGUUUCUCUUCUUCGUUGUCUUCUCAGCUGUGUAUCUUAUGACUGUAACUGGAAAUCUCCUUAUUGUGGUCAUAGUCACCUUUGAUCCACACUUGCACACAACCAUGUAUUUUCUCUUAGGCAAUCUUUCAUUCCUGGACUUUUGCUACUCUUCCAUUACAGCACCUAGGAUGCUGGUUGACUUGCUCUCUGGCAACCCCACCAUUUCCUUUGGUGCCUGUCUGACUCAGCUCUUCUUUUUCCACUUCAUUGGAGGCAUCAAGAUCUUCCUGUUGACUGUCAUGGCAUAUGACCGCUAUGUUGCCAUUUCUCAGCCCCUACACUACACGCUUCUUAUGAAUCAGACAGUCUGUAUGCUUUUCAUGGCAGCCUCCUGGGUGGGGGGUUUCAUCCACUCCAUCGUACAGAUUGGAUUGACUAUCCACCUGCCCUUUUGUGGUCCUGACAAGCUAGACAACUUUUAUUGUGAUGUACCUCAACUGAUCAAGUUAGCCUGCACUGACACUUUCGUCUUAGAGCUUCUGAUGGUGUCCAACAAUGGUUUGGUAACCCUAAUGUGCUUUCUGGUGCUGCUGGGAUCCUAUACAGCACUGCUAGUGAUGCUCCGAGGCCACUCAUGGGAGGGCCACAGCAAGGCCUUGUCCACCUGUGCCUCUCAUAUUGCUGUGGUGACCUUAAUCUUUGUCCCUUGCAUCUACAUCUAUGCAAGGCCUUUUCGGACUUUUCCUAUGGACAAAGCAAUUUCUGUGCUAUACACAAUGGUCACCCCCAUGCUGAAUCCUGCUAUUUAUACCCUAAGAAAUAAAGAAGUGAUCAUGGCCAUGAAGAAGCUGUGGAGGAGGCAGAAGGAUUUUAUUGGUCCUCUAGAGCAUUGA